UGCUGGGAUUAUAGGCGUGCACCACCACGCCCUGCCACAGUGUAGGCAUAAAAACCUAGAAAGCUCCGCGUUCGACUGCGCAGAACAGCAAACCUGCGCAGCUCACAGCUCCGGAGAGCGGUGAUUCUUCAAGCCCACCCCGUUUCUGCGCCAGAAGCCGGACGCAGCCACUCGCAGCUAGUUGGGGAGGGAGGUGGCCGCCUGGCCAACUUUUCUUUGGCGCACAGUCACAAGACCUCGCCUCCGCACCCCCUUCCGGGGGCCGAGUGGUUGAGGCCGGAAAGUAACGCCUCCGGUGAUUGGCGGAGCGCGGCUGUCAGUCUUCUGGGGUCUCGCGCGCGGCCCGGCGAGGCCUGCAGAGCCGUCUCGAACCCUGCGGCGGGGGAAGAUGGCGGUCGCGGUGAGAACUUUGCAGGAGCAGCUGGAAAAGGCCAAAGAGAGCCUGAAAAACGUGGAUGAGAACAUUCGCAAGCUCACCGGGCGGGAUCCGAAUGACGUGAGGCCCAUCCAAGCCAGAUUGCUGGCCCUUUCUGGUCCUGGUGGAGGUAGAGGACGUGGUAGUCUAUUGCUGAGGCGUGGAUUCUCAGAUAGUGGAGGAGGACCCCCAGCCAAACAGAGAGACCUUGAAGGGGCAGUCAGUAGGCUGGGCGGAGAGAGUCGGACAAGAAGAGAAUCACGCCAAGAAAGCGAUCCAGAGGAUGAUGAUGUGAAAAAGCCAGCAUUGCAGUCUUCAGUUGUAGCUACCUCCAAAGAGCGUACACGUAGAGACCUUAUCCAGGAUCAAAAUAUGGAUGAAAAGGGAAAGCAAAGGAACCGGCGAAUAUUUGGCUUGUUGAUGGGUACUCUUCAAAAAUUUAAACAAGAAUCCACUGUUGCUACUGAAAGGCAAAAGAGGCGCCAAGAAAUUGAACAAAAACUUGAAGUUCAGGCAGAAGAAGAGAGAAAGCAGGUUGAAAAUGAGAGGAGAGAGCUAUUUGAAGAGAGGCGUGCUAAACAGACAGAGCUGCGGCUUUUGGAGCAGAAGGUUGAGCUUGCACAACUGCAAGAAGAAUGGAAUGAGCAUAAUGCUAAGAUAAUUAAAUAUAUAAGAACUAAGACAAAGCCCCAUUUGUUUUAUAUUCCUGGAAGAAUGUGUCCAGCUACUCAAAAACUAAUAGAAGAGUCACAGAGAAAGAUGAAUGCUUUAUUUGAAGGUAGACGCAUCGAAUUUGCAGAACAAAUAAAUAAAAUGGAGGCUAGGCCUAGAAGACAAGCAAUGAAGGAAAAAGAGCAUCAGGUGGUACGUCAUGAAGAACAGAAGGCGGAGCAGGAAGAGGGUAAGGUGGCUCAGCUGCAGCCCCAGCCAGUGCCCCAGCCCCAGCCUGUCCCUCAGCCUGAGACUCUGCCAUCAGCUGUUUUACAGCCAUCACCUCAGGUCAUUCAAGAUCAAGGAAACUUACUACCUGAGCGGAAGGAGUUUUCUGUAGAGUCUGUGAAACUCAUGGAGGUGACAGUAGAGCCAGUCUUGACAAUACUUUCAGAAAGUAAAAGCAAAACCAAAACUAGGAGCAGAAGUAGAGGUCGUGCUAGGAAUAAAACGAGCAAGAGUAGAAGUCGAAGCAGCAGCAGCAGUAGCUCCAGUAGCAGUUCAACUAGUAGCAGCAGCGGAAGCAGUUCCAGCAGCGGCAGCAGUAGUAGUCGCAGCAGCUCCAGCAGCAGCUCCAGCACAAGCGGGAGCAGCAGCAGAGACAGCAGCAGCAGCACUACUAGUAGUAGUGAAAGUAGAAGUCGGAGUAGAGGCCGGGGACAUAAUAGGGACAGGAAGCACAGGAGGAGCGUGGAUCGGAAGCGGAGGGAUACUUCAGGACUAGAAAGAAGUCACAAAUCUUCCAAAGGUGGUAGUAGUAGAGAUGCAAAAGGAUCAAAGGAUAAGAAUUCCCGCUCCGACAGAAAGAGGUCUAUAUCAGAGAGUAGUCGAUCAGGCAAAAGAUCUUCAAGAAGUGAAAGAGACCGAAAAUCAGACAGGAAAGACAAGAGGCGUUAAUGGAAGAAGCCAGGCUUUCUUAGCCUAUUUGCAGCAGAAGAUUUCUUGAUGAGUAAAAGGAUUACCUUUCCUUGUAAGGAGGAUGCUGCCUUAAGAAAUGCAUGUUGUAAAAAAUCUUUUUGGAAAAUACAGACUGUUUGUUUACCAGACAUUCUUGUACUUUUUGCAUAAUUUUGUAAGAGUUAUUUAUCAAAAUUAUGUGAGGUUCCAAAAUAUGUAAAAAUAAUAAUAAUAAAAAAGAUUAACAUCCCUUGUCAUCUUUUUUAAAUAUCAUACACUCUUCAGUAAGAAUCUGUAUAUUUUAAUAGGUAAAUCUUCAAGUCUGUUCCCUUCUACUGUAAUUCUGUAUCAUACUGCUUUUGUAGAAAUAAAUGUGCAUUUCUUCCAUUAUUUUUGGGAUGUCCUUGUUGACAGUUGUAUAAUAAAUAACCUCUUGAUAUCAUUUUCAGCUUUUAUCAUUAGAUGCUAAACACAAUUAGAAUGUUACUAAGGUUUCCUCACUUUCAUUUGCCUGAGACAGUUACAUUUUUGAGUUGUCAGAACCAGGUCUUUGUGGCUGUGAGGGAAUAGUUCUCUUUAAAAGUCACUUACUAUUUCCUAAUUUCCCUUGUUUUAAUCUAAGCAUUUUCCCGUUCUCUUAAACCAUAUGGUUGGUAGAUAAAACAGUACGAUUUGGUUGUCAUUUUCUUCCUAAUUAUGGGAGCAUCAUUCUUUUGUCGUCAUGGUUACUUGUGUGAUAACAGCAUAUAUAAACUGUUAAAAUACUUCUUUCUAGGGGGAAGGAGGUAGAAGUACAGUAUCUUCUAAACUUUCGGUUUUUGAGUUUGUGGUCUCUUCUUACCCUUUGUGUUGGCUCUAACUGCAACAUGCCAAUCUGUGGUUCCAAGAAUUUUUUUUGUUUAAGGAAGUAUUGUAUGAAAGUUUACAAAAUGAAGGAAGUUCAUCUAUACUUGAGUAUGUAAGCAAGAUAGCACACAAGUGUACCAAGUGAUUAUUAACUUUGUUGUUUUAUGAAUUUGUAUGAACUUGGAGUGUCUGUUGCCCAUUACUAUACAUGUGCAAAUAAAUGUGGCUUAGACUUCUG